AUGAAAGCCAAACAGUUCGUCGACUUCGGUAAGAAGAUCGUCGCUAUUGGGAAGAACUAUGAAGCCCAUGCGCGCGAAAUGGGAGCUACCACGACGUUGAGUCACCCCGUGCUUUUCCUGAAACCCACGACCAGCUAUGUGCGCAAUGGCAACAACGUGCUGCUCCCCCCUGGGAUCGGUGACGUGCAUCACGAAGUGGAACUCGGUGUGGUGAUUGGAAAAGGAGGCAAGGACAUUGCCGAGAGUGACAGCAUGGACCACGUUGCUGGCUACGCACUGGCCAUUGAUAUGACAGCGCGUGACUUGCAAGCCAAGGCAAAGGAAGCAGGACUACCGUGGACGCACGCCAAGGGUUUUGACACGUUUACACCGAUUAGCGACUUCAUUUCAAAGUCAGCGGUGCCGUCGCCCCAUAAUCUGAACAUGUGGCUCAAAGUGGAUGAUGAACUUCGCCAGAAUGGCAACACAGCUGACAUGCUGCAUGACAUUCCGUUCCUUAUCGCUUACGUCAGCCGAAUUAUGACGCUAGAAGAAGGCGAUCUGCUCAUUACCGGCACACCUGAAGGCGUUGGGCCCGUCCCGCCUGGCAGCGUGCUUACUGCAGGCAUCACGGGGAUCGUCGACGUGCGCUUUCCUGUCAAGACGCGCGUAUACUAA